AUGGCUAAGAAACAAUCCACCGUUAAACAGACUUCUCUGAAGCAAUCUGAUGAAUCAAAGGUACAAAAGAAGCAGCAUGUAGCUGAACAAGCAGAAGAAAACUUGCAGUUACCAUCCUCAUCAUCAGAAGAUGAGGAAGAUGAUGAUGAAGAGGAAAAUGAACAAGAAGAACAAGUUUAUGGAUUAUCAAGUGACGAAGACGAUGACAGUGAUGAUCAGGAACAGUCAGAAGAUGAGGAGUCAAUAACACAAUCCAUCCAACCAAGUGCAUCAGGACACAGGGUAAAUAAAGUGAUAUCUAAAACUACGACUGCUGAUUCCAGUAACAAAUCGAAAACACCCAAAGCCGGUGUCAUAUAUAUAGGUCGUCUUCCCCAAGGCUUUCAAGAGCAAGAGUUGAAAACGUAUUUCCAACAAUUUGGUCCAAUCAAACAAUUGAUCUUGUCGCGUAAUAAAAAGACAGGUAAAUCAAAACAUUUUGCUUAUAUUGAGUUUGAAUCGGUUGAGGUUGCUAAAAUAGCCGCCGAAACAAUGAAUAAUUACUUAUUAUUUGGACAUUUGAUCAAAUGUGAAUAUGUUGAAAACCCCCACAAGGAUGUUUUUAAAAAUGCUAAUCGUAAAUUUAAGGUUGUUCCAAUUCACAAGAUUGUUAAAGAUAAACACGAUAAACCUAAAACUAAACAAGAAUGGGAUAUUAUAGUAAAGAAAUUUGAAGAAUCAAAAAGAAACAAGGUGGAAGAAUUGAAAAGUAAGGGGAUUGAUUAUGAUUUAAGUGCAUUGUUAGCGUGA